GAUCAGCUUUUCGGAUUGCAUCACUGUUGCGAUACACCCUUGGUGUUUAAUUUCUUGAUUAUCAGGCCACCAGGCUUUCGAAUGCAAAGAAUCAGUCUUACGAAAGUCGUUGAUCUUUUACUCUUCUUGGUUUGAUUGACAGACUCCUUGUAUAUCAAGCUCUUUUGCGCUACCUACGACCACCUACUGGACAUCUUCGUCACUCCGAUUUUCGACUUCAUACUCCAGACCUCGAGGUCUGACCGAAGCAACCAUGGCGACAGAAGGCAUACAGUUCCCCAUGACGCGGGACUUUGCCAGCCCGUCUAACGACCCAACACCCGCCGGCCGUCCCUCAUCAUCAUCAUCAGAUACCACGACGCUCGAUGCCGAAAAGCCUGCUCCUCUCCACCGCGCGCCAACAGCCGAAGACAUAGUCAACCUACCUACCCGCACCCUAUCCAACGAUGCCAACCUCGAGGAAUACACACAAGAAACCAUCUCAGGACAGAUGAUGCGCGAAGUUCGGUCCAACGCAGGCAAGGUCGAGAAGUACGACUUGGUCACUUUCACCAUUGACGACAAGGAGAACCCAAAGAAUUGGAGCAAGGCGUACAAGUGGUGGUGUACCAUGUGUGUCGCAGCAACGUGCUUUGUCGUUGCGUUCAACUCGGCGGUUAUCACAGCGGAUCUGGAGGGUGUGAGUGCGGAGUUUGGAGUCAGCGAGGAGGUGGCACUGCUGACUAUCACGCUUUUCGUUGUUGGAUUCGGCGUGGGACCCAUGGCAUUUGCACCCGCGUCUGAGAUCUGGGGGAGGAGACCGGUUUAUGGCGUCACGCUUGCUUUGGCUGUCAUCUUCACUAUCCCUGGAGCUGUCGCGCAGAACAUCGGAACGUUACUGGUAACACGCUUCAUUGCUGGUGUGGCGUUCUCAGCACCCAUGACGCUUGUCGGUGGAACAUUGGCGGAUAUGUGGAGAUCGGAGGAGAGAGGUGUUCCUAUGGCCGCUUUCAGUGCGGCGCCGUUCAUCGGCCCUGGUGUUGGACCUUUGGUUGGCGGUUACCUCAGUCAAGCCGGUGGCUGGCGCUGGCUGUACUGGAUUCAACUCAUUCUCAGCUUUGUCGUCUGGAUCCUCAUCACUUUUACCGUACCGGAGACUUACGCGCCCAAGAUUUUGGCCAGGAGAGCGAAGAAGAUGCGCAAAGAGACUGGCGAUGACAAGUUUGUCACGGAACAGGAUCUGGAUAUGCGACCAUUCAGCCAGCGCCUUCAGCUCUUCCUCCUUCGACCCUUCCAGCUGCUCUUCCGUGAGCUCAUCGUCUUCCUGAUCACACUCUACAUGUCGGUUCUGUACGGACUUCUGUACAUGUUCUUCGUCGCAUACCCGAUUGUCUACCAGAAGGGCAAGGGCUGGAGCGCGGGACCAACAGGUCUCAUGUUCAUCCCGCUCAUCUGCGGUGUGCUGCUCUCUGCUGCCUGCGCACCGCUCGUCAACAAACACUAUAUGAAGCUGGUCGAGAAGCACAAUGGUCACCCGCCAGCGGAAGCGCGUCUGAUCCCCAUGAUGUGUUCAUGCUGGUUCAUCCCCGUUGGCGUUUUCAUCUUCGCAUGGACAAGUCAGCCCGAGACCCACUGGGCAGGUCCGGCAUUCGGAGGUGGCUCUGUGGGCUUCGGCUUCAUCUUCCUGUACAACUCGGCCAACAACUAUCUCGUCGAUUCGUAUCAACACCAGGCUGCGUCAGCGCUGGCGGCGAAGACAUUCCUGCGCAGCUUCUGGGGAGCGGCUGUUGUGUUGUUCACUAACCAGAUGUACGAGCGUCUGGGCGAUCAGUGGGCCAGUUCAGUCAUCGCUUUCAUCGGGCUGGCCUGCUGCGCGAUUCCUUUCUUCUUCUACUUUUACGGUGCCAAGAUUCGCGAGCGUUCUCACUACGCCUACAGUGAGGAGGACAAGAACAAGGAGGAGAAGCUGGGAGCUUAGUCAGGAGAAUGAUAAUCUGAUCAUUUUUUUGUUUCGUGGACCUAUGGUCAAGCUUUCUUCGACUUUUCUUGUUAUGCUGCGUUGUGGGCGUUUGGAGAGCUUGGUGUUCCACCGGGGAAAGACCGUUGGAGGGGUCUUGGGAUCGAAGGGCUUCUUUCAGCAUCCAUAGCGUAUGUCAGUUGUUCAUAAUCAUUAUCAACUUCCAACUUCCAAUCUGUACCCAAGUCCUGUUGCGUGCAAUCCUGUCAGUGUUUAGACAGCUAACUGUGAGUGAGCGAGUUGAUUCAUGGCGACAUGAAGGCAAGAGCUCUCAACGGUGAUGUCAUGGCAUGAUCGUAGGCCCCUGGCCGGAUUGACGAGAAGUGGAUGCGAUGGACAGACGAAAUUAUUUCCACC